GUCAAUAUAUCAAUUGAUUAUUGGUUGCUUGAUUCAAUAUAUCUGGGUCAAAUUCAAAACCUUGUUUAUUUGGCUUUCUUGGGUUUAGUUUCAAUCUAGUUAUGGGUUUCAUAGCCAUCGCUACUACGCGAGUUUGCAUCAGAACUAGAAACUCGAUUUUAGCAAAGGAACCAUACCAAGAUUUUUCGCCUCAAAAGUAACUUAGCUAACCUCCAAAAUCUCUACAACCUACCAACCAAUGUACAUGUGGUGCUUCGAAAUCCCUCUGUACACUCCAAGAAUCUAAUCGGGUGUAUCAAUCUUCAUGGGCCUUAACGAGAGGUUCCAAUAACUCCAUUCACAAAUUUUGGCCACUGAUCCUCGGUCGCCACUACGCUAUUCUCCAUUAAGAGGAGACCCAGUGUCUAGUUCAAUUGCCGCACCUUGACCAGAGGCCUCAGCCCUAAUCGCUUGCUCGCCAACACCAUCGCAACCUCCAUCUUGCCCACUCCAUACUUGGCCUGCCGGAACACAACUUUGUGAAGCAUGCGGCAAAUCAGGACAUCACCGUAUCAAAUGUUUCAAGGUCAUUGGCUAUCCGGAUUGAUGGCCAUCCAAGAGCAAACCUGGGACAUUCCGUCUCCCAUCUUCGGCAAUACACCAAUUGUCAGCCAACUUCAACGCUCCUAUAGUGAGUAGCAUUCUCGGCCUCUCCAUCGAACAAUAAAAUCAACUCAUGGAGCUUCUCAAACUGUGAUCCCUUUCUUUUGCAAGACCUAACCAUGAAGAACCUGAUUGGUGUGGAUGGGGAGCGUAACAGACUAUAUUACUUCAAGCCUCUUCCCGCAACUGCUAUCCAAUCAUUCGGUCACAUCUCUUUUGAUACAUGGCAUCUACAUUUGGAUGAUUGCAAAACUGGAGCAAAUGUGGCAAAAACUCAACUCCAGGCUGCUAUUGAAUAUGCAGCCGAUUUAGAGCUUGGACGCGGUCAACCACUGGUUUGUGCAAAGUAUCCCCAUGCUGAGCAGUGCUAUGGAGUAUACUCAACCUAUAGUCCUAAAGUUGCGGGACGUAUAAUGUUACCAAUGAAUCUUAGCACGGAUAAUGGAGGGCCAAUAUUUGUAAAUGUCAAGCAGUACCACAGAAUUUUAAGGCGCAGAGAGUCGCGUGCAAAGGCAGAGCUGCAGAAUAAAGUGCUAAAACUCCGCAAGCCAUAUCUGCACCUGUCCCGGCAUCUCCACGCCCUGCGCCGCCCAAGAGGCUGUGGCGGCCGCUUCCUUAACACCAGAAAUUCUGAUGGUAGCAAGGACAAGACUGUAACCAAAAUGACUGAACAAGAAAAAGUAUUAUUUUAUGAGCAGCCCACUGGAUCCCAGAUUUCUGAAAUACUGCAAUCUGGAGGAGAAAAUUCAAGCUCAAAUGGCGGCAGAUUAAACAGUCCAGGUUCUUCAGAGGAGACCAGCCGGAUAUUCGGGAUUGGUCUCCAAUCCUUUCAUCUCCACCCUCGCUUUCGGCCCUUCUCUGAUCAUGUGGCAAAUCAUGGACGUGGGACUUUCAUGGCUGGUGAUUGGAUUGCUGCAGCAGAUAACUGCUGCACCCAUAAGGUUUGAAGAUAGGGAGGGGUGGGGUGGAGGAAGUCCGGUUUUUGGCACCGCACCCCACAUUGCAACCAAAUGUUUUGGUUGCCCCUGGCAAAUCAUCCUUGGCUAAAAAAAUAUGUUAAUCUAUGUAUGUUUGGCGUUCAUGCUUAAAAACAGCUUUUUUAGAUACACGUGGUGGAGAAUAACAGUUAAAGAGCCGCGGUGCCAAACAUUCAUCCUUAAGAUUGCAAGUGGAAACUAGUAUGAAUAGUGUGUGUGUGUGUGUGUUUUAUUCUCGACAGCAGAAGCUGGAAAGCCACAGGGCCAAACUUCCAAGAUUCACAUGGCAGUGCCUACAGCAAAGAUAGUGUGUGUUUUGGUAUCUGAACAAAAUAAAGAAAAUCUGGACUUCUUGUCAGUGUGUAUUAUAUAUUUCCAGUUAUUCAUGUAUCUUCAAGAAUUUUAUGAACUUUAUGUUCAAGCCUUCAUUUAAGUUAA